CAGUAUAUGGGAAAGUAAUGCGCUCUUCACGAAAACAGAUACGUGGUGUCGAAGCUCCACGUGAAACCGGAGAAUAAAGCGACGCCGCAGCUCAUACUACUGUCGUUGAGGGGACUUUAAUACUGCGGACGCCCCACGGCAUAACUCCCUCAACUUUUAAAGCGGGUUUGGGCCUGGUGUUGAGCUUCGGGGGGCAUACCCCCAACUAUCUGGUACCGCCGUCCUGUGUGUUCGCGUCUGCCGCUUUAAAGCUCUUGCUGUUUCAUAGAGCGGACGCCGCCUGCAGUUUUUUUUUCCUCCGUAACCCUUUCAUUACCGGAACAGGGGCGGAUAACCACCUCAGCAUGCAGGCUGCGCCUCGUCCUUCCUCCUCCUGGCAGAAGGAGCACCUAUGGAUGUCUUUACAGGCUCUGGGCUUCGACCCCGGCACAGAGGCAGCUGCUGCGGGCAAAAGCCUGGCCCAUGUCACCUUUGGAGUGAACAUGUUUGACAGGCCGAACAAGGAUGCUUUCUAUGUGGUCUUCCACUUCUUGUUUGGGAAGCUGGAUAACGCACGUUGUGAAGAAGUCUUUAGGUAUUGUUGGCCGCAUAUGGAUAAGAAGCGAGAUGCUGAAUUCAGAAAAGCUUGCUGUGAGUGGCUGCGGAAGAUCUCAGAGGAUGCUGGUAGUGGCUUUCCUCAGGUGGUUGCGUCCGUAUUUCUUUCCCCUGGAGGGCCAAAGUUUGUGCACCUCUCGUACCAUUUUGCAAGAUUUGUUCUACUGCAGCAUAUCAAAAAAGAUGUUGAUGGUGCCAAUUCUUACAUGCCGGAAGCCCUGCAGGCCAGGGUUCAGGACCCCCAGAAAGCCUUGAUAAGAAAUAAAGUGGCACGUCGGAGAUACUUGCAGAUGCUGCAAAGAGAAAACUUUGUGAUCGGAGAGUACCAGAAAAAAGCACAGCUUCUUGUGAAACAAAUAAGGGACCUUCGUUCUGAAUGUGCAGCCCUGCAGAACCAGCAAAAGAUGGUAGAAAAUUCCAGUACAGACCAGACUGAAAGGCGUAGCAAUAUUGAACAGAUACGAUCAAUGUGGAAUACGAUUAUGCAGACUCUGAAAUCGAUAGAAAAGGAGGUGGAAGUUGUGGACUGCGUGGUUAGAGGGAAUGUCUAUCAGUACUAUUUAGAUGGCUCAAAAGUUUCUUUGACCAUACCAAAUAUAUUGGUCACCAGAAUUGAGAGUGAAAUGCAUAAGUUGCAAAUGGAGAAUGUGUAUGAAGCUGGAAAGGUGAAUCUUGUAACAAUUUUCCAGCUUUUAAACGAAGCUCUAAAAAUAGUGAAACGGGAACGCUGCCAAUAUGAUAAAGGUCUUCCACUAGAUCUGCAGUAUUUAACUGGAAAAGCAAAGUUUGAGACUGAUAUUCUGACAAGGCUGCAAACUAUGAGGCAUAAAAUAAAGAGGGAGGAUCUUGUAUCUAUAAACAAGUCUAUUGCUGAUAAAGAACAUGAGUGGGAGAAGAAAUGGAGGAAGGUCCUUGGCAAGUCUCCAUUUGACAUAUUCAAGGUUCUGAAUCCAGUUCUCAAUCUCCAGCCCCCCAUGGCUCCAUUUUCCUUUGAACCCGCCACAGAUGAAGUAUUAAGAAACAGUGUGUUUUAUCAGUACCCACCAUCUGCACAAGAUCAACAUUCGACAGAUUCAAAGGAUCUGAACCGUGAGAGUGGGCAGUUGAGAAGAAGCUUUAUGGAGUCUACAGUGUUAACUCCAUCUGGAAGGAACUCUUUGCCUCUACUCUGUCAAACCCCUACCCUUAAACGCAGAAUGUCCUUAAAUGAAAAGGACUUUCGGACACCGACUCCAAACGCAAAAGACAGUUUUCUGGAGAGGACCCCAAGUUCUGCUUUAAACAAGAGGAGGUCUGAUACCAGCUGGAAAACUAAUGCCGGUAGCCUGCUGCACACGCCAACACCAUGCAAAGCAGAUCCAAUGAGCACAGCACGCCAGCAACUUGCACAACAGGUUGCAGAGUUUAUUGCUUCUGACUCUCCAAGAACCUUGGGCGGCAGAGGUGUAGAGCUUGAUGACUUAAUUGGCAUGUUAUCAUCUGAUCCUUUCUUAUCAAGGAAGGAGAUCCCUCGGACGCCAGAGAACCUGAUUUCAGACAUUCGUACCUCAUGGAGAAAGGCUAUUCAGUCGGAAGAAUCUUCUGAUGUUGUGGCCAGCCCUCUGGAGCCUCCAUGCUUGGAUUCUCCUGCUGAGAUGGAUUCUGCACAGUGCAGUCAGAUAGACCUGAGCAUGGCAUGUUUUAUGUCCACUUCACAUGUUUCUGACCUUCACAACGAGUCUGUAGAAACUACUAGAAUCAUUUCUAAUCCAGGGACAUCUGUACCCUCUCAGUCUACAGGAAGUGAGAUGAACACAAUGGGACUGGAAGAAUUUCUUAUUCCCAUAAAGGAAAGUGGAACACUGCACUCUUCAUUUGUGGACAGGAACCAGACUUUUGUUUUAGACAAGGAGCCUGUUAGAAUAUUGGAUAAUCCGCUAGUUCUCUCUGUACCUAGAAAUGAAAAUGCCUCAGCGCAUUCAACCCUCUCAUGGGAUUCCUCCAAAAUGGUAGACUACAGCAAUAGUUUAGAUGCCUCUGAAGUAAUUCAGCUUGGCAUUCUGCAUGAAACCCUUCCAGACAGAGUGGGUAACAUAAGUCUUAACAGCACCGACAGUCCAGAAACCAGAGACAUUAUUAAUAGUCAACUAAAUGAAACUGACUGCAUUUUGGACACAACAGAAGGUAGUUUCAAGUCUUUGGAGCGGAAAACGGACAUACAUUCUAUACGCAGCCGCUAUGAAGCUCUUAAAACAACUCUCUUUACAUCUUUGAUGGACAGUGGAAAAGGUGACAAACAUACCCCCACCAGGUUCUCAAAGCAAAAAUCCGAGUCUAGCCUAACACUUGACGCUGGUAGCGUGUUUAGCCCUGCAGAAAAAGGUUUAACUUUGGACGUGGAAUACCUGAUGACUCCUUCACCAAAGGAUAGAAAGCUUUCCCUCCCACAGCUGAUAUCGUUUUCUCCAGCCGAGGAACUCGUCCAUGUUGGAAAGGAUGACCUUGGCGAUGUCUUUGAGACCCAGGGUGCUGUAAACCUGAAUGAAACAUUUGAGUUUGCAACAGAUCCACUGAAGUGUACAGAUGAAGGGCUGGGACAACUCAUAACAUUGUAAAAACCCUGAAACUAUUGGAGGACUUUGAAUGUCAGAACACUUCAAAAAAUGUUUUUUUUUCCUUACGGACUUUGUUCGCAAUCAUUGUUUAGAGGGAGUUUAUUACAAAUGCUAACUUUUCACUCACUUUUCAUUAGUUUGAAUGACCACAAAGGCAUAUGAAAUGUUUACACUCCGCUUGUAUUGUAGUAGAGGGUCCAACAAUUAAAUCUAGUUCCAGGCCCAUAUCAAAGAUGCUGAUUCAAAAUGAUUUUUGUACCUAUGCACAUCGGAAACCACUUAAUUUAAAUUCUUAAACAUCUAUACAAACUGAAUGUGCUUAACAAAAAAAAAAAUGCUUGGGGUCAUAUCACUUUAGCUAAAGAUCUGUUUCUAAAUACACCUGUAUAGAAAAACAUAAGCCUCACACUUAACUUUUUGUCUUUAAGUGUCUGUCAGUGACUUAAAUCUAACAUGUUUGUGAAAUAGCCAAAGUAAAUUGUAAAUAAAUAUAUUUAUACUGUG